UGUUUAUAUUCCAGGUAUAGACUACAGACGUUAGCCCUUACGAUUUUAACGAGACAAUUUCAAUAAAGGUCUGAAAUAACCAAAAAUAUACACCAAAAUAAAGGUAAAUCCCAUCCAACCAAGGAAUUAAAACAGGACACAUGUAGCUCCAUGAGGAUCAAUGUCGUCUUCAUUCACUUCCGGGUUAGGCUCCCAAGUCCGACGCUAAAUGAUGAUGUCAUUUAUUUGUGGGCGGUCAUUUUUCCUUUUUUCUUUUCAGAAGGGAGCGGGUUUUUCUCUCACCGUCUGAACUGUCUUUAAAGCAGCAGUCGGGCUUUCACUUCGCAGAGCAGAGAAAUACUUUUGUUUUUUACGCAUAAAUAUUCCGUUGCUUUGACAUUAGCAUGUGGCGGGUCUGUAGUGUUUUUAUUUCGUAUUUUGCAACAUGAAGAAUGGAAGAAGACGAUGUGACAAUCAGAGAGCAGAAUUUCCACAGCCAAGUUCGGGAGUACAUCAUCUGUUUCCUCCUGUUUGCAGUCCUCUACAUUGUGUCCUACGUCAUCAUAACCAGAUACAAGAGAAAGAGCGAUGAACAUGAGGAUGAAGAUGCUGUCGUCAACAGAAUAUCGUUGUACUUGUGCACCUUCACCCUGGCAGUGUCAGGUGGCGCUGUCUUUCUACUGCCUUUCUCAAUCAUCAGUAGCGAGAUCCUCCUGUCAUUCCCCCAAAACUAUUACAUUCAGUGGCUCAACGGCUCCCUCAUCCACGGUCUGUGGAAUCUGGUGUCCCUGUUCUCCAACCUCUGUCUCUUCAUCCUGAUGCCAUUUGCAUAUUUCUUCCUGGAGUCUGAGGGAUUCGCAGGCUCCAAAAAGGGCAUCAGGGCUCGUGUUCUGGAGACCUUCGUGAUGCUCUUCCUGUUGGCUCUGCUCAUCCUUGGUAUGGUGUGGGUGGCGUCGGCGCUCAUCGACAACGACGCCGCCAGUAUGGAGUCGCUCUACGAUCUUUGGGAGUUCUACCUGCCGUAUCUGUACUCCUGCAUAUCACUGAUGGGGGGGCUGCUCCUUCUGAUGUGCACUCCUGUGGGCCUGUCCAGGAUGUUCACCGUCAUGGGCCAGUUACUGGUCAAACCCACGGUGAGUACUACAGUUUGGACUACAGAUAUGUCACCCAGCACCCCCCCCUCUCUCCCCCAGUCCUACCUUGGGCCUAAUUAUAACCCCCUCCCCCUCUGUCUGGGGGAGACGUGUUGGCACAGGAUGAGGCGGAUGAAUGAGGCCUGUGGUUUUCCUGGAGAAUCCCUGGCUCCACCAGCUGUGGCACGUACCAGACACAUCCUGACACAGAGAGGCUGCUGCUGGUUGGUGGGUUCUGGGGCAGGGGCAAUUCACUCAGGUCCGCUCUCUCACAGCUUCACCACAGAGACAGAGUCUGUUCAUCAGCUCCACAGAGAACUGGACAACGUCAGAACCCAAAGGAACAAACUGGAGCGGAGGAAGAAGGCGUCAGGCUGGGAGAAGAACCUGUUGUAUCCAGUGGUGAUGCUGAUCCUGCUGGCAGGAACGACAAUCUCUGUCCUCAUGGUGGCGCUGAAUAUCCUCUACCUUCUCGUGGAUGAAACUGCCAUGCCCAAAGGAUCCACAGACCGAGGCAUCGGGAACACCUCUCUGUCCACGUUCGGCGUGGCUCAGGCGGCGCUGGAAAUCAUCCUGAUGUUCUACCUGAUGGUGUCGUCUGUCGUCGGCUUCUACAGCCUGCCUGUCUUUGAGGGUCUCACUCCCAAGAAGGAUGACACAACCAUGACAACGAUCAUCGGCUGCUGUGUGUCCAUCCUGGUCCUCAGUUCUGCUCUGCCCGUCAUGUCCAGGACUCUGGGUAUCACCAGGUUCGACCUCCUGGGAGACUUCGGCAGAUUUAAUUGGCUGGGGAACUUUUACAUCGUCCUGUCGUACAACCUGCUGUUUGCAGUGGUGAAGACGCUCUGCCUGAUCAGGAAGUUCACCUCAGCUGUGAGGGAGGAGCUGCUGAAGGCCUUAGGUCUGGAUAAACUACAGCUGUCAAACAGCCCCACGGACCCUGAGUCUGGGAAGCUGUCGGCCAAUGGACAUCAGAAGACUCUGUGAGAGGGACGGAGAUCAGGACACACACACACACACACACACACACACACACACUUUAGCCAAAGGGAGAUAUCAACAGCACUGCCUGACUGCUGGGAGGUG